AAAUCCUGUCUUACAUACUGGGAUGAUUGAUCUAUCUUAAUUUAAUACACUAAAAAAAACAUCCUACUUUUAUACAGCAAAACCCUUAUUCUAUUCUAUUUCUUUUAUUAUCACACAUGACUUUUCUGAACCCUGUGGUUAUCUUCUUCCUUCUACCAUUAUUCUCCUGCUGUCUUCCUCUCCCUUUCCCUUUCUCCCCACUUUUUCUAAAUCAUUAACAAAGAAAAAUAACCAGCAACAAGUUAAUUAAACAUCUCCAACUCAUUGCAAAUAAUAAGCAAAAACACCCAACAACUCACAAUUAAGCUAACCCAAAUUAAUUAGGGAAGAAGCAGGAAAACAAUGGGAAGAGCUCCUUGUUGUGACAAAGAUAACGUUAAGAGAGGUCCAUGGGCUCCUGAAGAGGAUGCUAAGCUCAAAUCCUACAUCGAAAAACACGGUACAGCCGGAAAUUGGAUUGCGUUGCCUCAAAAAAUUGGGCUUAAGAGAUGUGGAAAGAGUUGCCGCCUUCGAUGGCUUAACUAUCUCCGGCCUAACAUCAAGCAUGGUAAAUUCUCUGAAGAAGAAGAUAAAGUUAUCAUAAGCCUUUAUGUGAGCAUUGGAAGCAGGUGGUCCAUAAUUGCAGCUCAAUUACCAGGAAGAACAGAUAAUGAUAUAAAAAACUACUGGAACACAAGGUUAAAGAAGAAGCUCUUUGGUAAGCAAAGAAGAGAUCAUCAACAACAAGCUCGGAAAAAAAGCAAUCUAUUGAUAAAGCAAGAGGAGAAUAAUUUGGUGGAACCAAUAUCAUUUUCCUCAAGUUUCAACACUACCCAAGUUUCAUAUUGGCCACAACUUACUACUACUAGUAUGCCUGGUGCAAUUUCAACACCGAAUUACUCGAAUUUUUCGUCUGAGCUUUGCCAUGGCCUCAAUGAUCACAAUUCAAUUAGAAAGUUGUUAAUGAAGGUUGGAGGGAAUUAUGAUAAUUUUACUAAUCCUCCAUUCAUACCUCAUUAUAACAAUACUACUUAUCCAAGCAAUAUUAUCAUCAAACAAAAUAAUAACCACUCUAACCUAAACUCGGAUACCAUGAUUAGUAGUGAAAUGACAAACUCUAGCCUCUAUAAUCUUGGAGGUUCUUCAGGUGUAGAGAUAGGAAUGGUAGAAGGGCAAAGAAGUACUUUCCCACCGGAACUCGAAGAGUUGAUGAGUAGCAAUCCACAAAAGGGAGUGGAUGGAGUAGAGUUAUUCUAUGGUGAUUAUGGAAAUAAGUUUGUAAACAAUGAUGGAUCAACAUCUGAUAAUACAACUUGUGGAGAGAGCUCAAGUUGGGAUGAAAUGACUUCUUUGGUUUCUCUUCAUAAUUUGGAAUCUGAUUGUAAUGUUUUAAUUCAAGGAAUUGGAGAAGAAGAUCAAUUUGAAGAAAACUUGAGGAAAGAGGUAGAGGUUGCCAAGGUGGUGUUGGGCAUUAUCUAAGAUGGAUUCUGAUAAAUUCUUGUGAUAUUAAUUAUAUCUAUCAUGUUGUUUGUCUAGCUUUCUGAAUAUAUUGUUAAUUACAUUCUAUUAUAUCAUAAUAUAUGAAUUCUUGAUUGAACAAGUU